UCCACGCCCGGGGAGAACGACCUCAACCCCAAUUGGCUGUCUCCCAGGGCGACCAAAGAUGCGGUGGGCACGCGGGGCCCCUGGCCAGUAUUUAAAGGCUGCCGCGGCCCACGCCACCCCAGUCCGGCCCGGACGGCGACGGUGAAGCACCUGGGUUGAGAGGGAGCAGAAGGUAACGGCACGACCCCUGCCUUCCCCCGGCCCCAGCCCGCGCAUCCACUGAGGCGGGUGUGAGUGGGACGCAGGAGCGGGUCUCACCGCGCGUUGCCCACCAACACCUUCCUCACCCACCAUCCUUACCCAGCCCCAGUCCCACCCAACCCGCCUUGGCGAGACAACUCGGGUGCGAAGGAUCAGAGAUUACGCGGAGAGCGACUGAGCGAGCAGAGAGGCGGGGAUCCUUCUGGAGACAAAGGCGUGAUCCCAGCGGCGGGCACGUGGUGCUGGGCAGAGAGAGAAACGAGGCCCUUGAGACCGUCAGAUCUGUCCAAACGCGACGACAGCUCCUAGGGCGCUACCGUGUCGACCUCUCAGAGCACCCUGAAUCAUGACCCAGACCCUCGACACAAAAGAGGAUCCUCUUAAUCUGGGCGGCGGCUGGGCAUCCUCAGCCCCGUUACGCACCUGGUCCUCUGGCCCCCGAAGGCGCAGGGGCGCUCCCAUUUACAGGCGGCGGCCUCGCUACGGCCCCAAGGCCGAAUACGAGCCCCCGAGGAAACAGGCGAAGCAGCAAUACGGUCCAGGCCCUUGGUUCCAACCACCCUGGCGUCCCUACUGGGCCGUGUAUUCUAACUGGGGGCGCUGGAGAGGGCCCUGGUGCCCACCUCCGGCGGGAUUCAGGAAGCCCCCGGGUCGGGUGCAAGUGAUCCGGGUGUACGGCCUGCAUCCGCUCUGCCUUUGCUGCUGCUCCUGCUGCCAUGGGCCCUGGAACCCCGGCUGGGCAAGGCCCCCGGGCAGAAAGAAGCGCUGGGGUCGCCGGGGCCGCGGCCUGCGCCGUCACCCUCGCCGCUCCGCCCAGAGGAGCCCUCCGGUGGAUCUGAGCACGCUGCUGCGGCCGGUCAACCUGUACGGGUGGCGCGCCCCUGGCAUGCGGGCGCCGCGCAACACCACGCAGUUCAUCAUGAACCAGAUCUACGAGGACAUGCGGCAGCAGGAGAAGCUAGAGCGCCAGCAGGAGGCGCUGCGGGCGCAGCAGGCCCAGGCGGCGGGCACAGCCUCCCCGGAGGGCGCCUUCGGAAACGACGCCCCACCUAGCGGUGGCCAGGAAGACGAGGAGCUGCAAGAUACUCUGUACAGCUUUGUGCAGAAUCCCUCUCUCGUCUUCAGUCCUGACCCAGACGAGGAAAAACAGACGGCCACCUCACAGCUGGUGGAGGAGGAAGAGGAAGGUGAGAGAGAAGAGGAGGAGGAGGAGUGGUGUGACGAGGAGGAGUGUGAUGGCAAGGAGCUGGAGAGCCAGGAGGAGGACGAAGAGUCAGAGGCCAAAGAUGAGGAGGAGGGCGAAGAGGCUGAUUAUAUGGAGGAGCGGGAAGAGGAAGAUGAGGAGGACGAAGCGGAGGAGAUAGCAGAGGAAGAAGAGGGGCUGGCGGAGGAUGAGCAGACGGAGGAAGAGAAUCAUUUGCCUCUGGAAAUGCCUUUAUCAUUCCUAGUGGGGGCUGAAGAAGAGAGAGAGAACUUUAUGAACUGUACGUAUUUAAGCCCCAAACAGAGAAUUCCCAAAGUGGCACAGGAAGCUCUCUUCAUGGUACAGGACAUUAACUGUUAAGACAUCAGGAAAGGGAUUGAGGAAUGCAAUGGAACUGACUGGAGGCUAAAAUGAUUUAGCCACUUGUCAAAAACUAACGAAAAAGUGAGUUCCAUUAAUAAACCUAUCAUCUUUGGCCAUUACAAAACGUUUAAAAAUUGGUGUGUUGUGUGUAUGACUAUGGGUGGGGGAGGUAGAGCUUUCAAAUAUAAUUUAACUGGAAAUGAUUAAAGGCCAAAUAUUUUAUUACUACAGUUUGAA